GUGAGACUCCUGGCUGUGACCUAUGGGCCUCUGAGGAGGCGUUGUAAGUCUGCCCAGCAUCCCACUUACUGUGGUAACAGUCAAUGGGAAGGGAACCAAGGUCAGGCCAAGUGGGUCCACAUAUUGACACAGAAUCUGAGCAGGCAGGCCAGGCUUUGUGGAGCCAUCAGUCACAAGGUCCAAACAGUCCAAGGAUGGAAGUCAAAGGUCAGCUGAUCAGCUCUCCUACCUUCAAUGCCCCAGCUGCCCUGUUUGGAGAGGCUACCCCCCAGGUGAAGUCAGAGCGCCUUCGAGGGCUGCUUGACCGCCAGCGGGCCCUGCAAGAGGCCCUGAGCCUGAAGCUUCAAGAGCUUAGGAAAGUGUGUCUGCAGGAGGCGGAGCUAACUGGUCAGCUGCCCCCUGAGUGCCCUCUGGAGCCUGGGGAAAGACCUCAGUUGGUACGCCGGAGGCCCCCCACUGCACGUGCCUACCCUCUCCCACACCCAAACCCAGCACAUCACUCCUUGUGUCCUGCUGAGGAACUGGCUCUUGAGGCCCUGGAGCGUGAGGUAUCAGUACAACAGCAGAUUGCAGCUGCUGCCCGCCGCCUGGCCCUGGCCCCUGACCUCAGUGGGGAACAGAGACGUCGCCGGCGCCAGGUACAGGUUGAUGCACUUCGAAGGCUGCAUGAGCUGGAGGAGCAGCUCAGGGACUUCCGGGCCCGUCUUGGCCUCCCAGCGCUCCAGCCACUGCCAGGGGCUGCAGGAGCAGUCGUCAAUGCCCAGGGUGUAUGCCUGGGUACACGCCUGGCUCAGCUCAGCCAAGAGGAUGUAGUUCUACACUCGGAGAGCAGCUCCCUCUCAGAGUCAGGGGCCAGCCACGAUAAUGAGGAGCCUCAUAGCUGCUUCCCUCUAACGGAGCGCCCCUCACCACCAAAGGCCUGGGACCAGUUUCGGGCAGUAUCUGGGGGGAGCCCCGAGCGACGAGUCCCAUGGAAACCACCCCCAUCAGAUAUUUAUGGGGACCUGAAGAGCCGGCGCAACUCUGUGGCCAGCCCCACCAGCCCCACACGCUCGCUGCCCAGGAGUGCCUCCAGUUUUGAGGGGCGAAGUGUACCUGCCACCCCUGUCCUCACCCGGGGCACUGGCCCCCGGCUCUGCAAACCCGAAGGUCUCCAUUCUCGCCAGUGGUCCGGUAGUCAGGACUCCCAGAUGGGCUUCCCUCGGCCUGACCCUUCCUCGGAUCGGGCCUCCCUCUUCGCAGCUCGCACCCGCCGCAGUAAUAGCUCUGAGGCCCUGCUGGUGGACCGGGCAGCUGCUGGAGGAACUGGAUCUCCACCUGCUCCCCUGGCUCCCCCUGCUUCUGGUCCCCCAGUUUGCAAGAGUAGUGAGGUGCUGUAUGAGCGCCCCCAACCAGUCCCCUCCUUCUCUUCCCGUACUGCUGGUCCCCCAGAUCCUCCUCGGGCUGCCAGGCCUAGCUCAGCUGCCCCUGCAUCCCGUGGGGCCCCCCGGCUCCCACCUGUGUGUGGAGACUUCCUCUUGGACUAUUCGUUGGACCGGGGCUUGCCCCGCGGUGCUGGUGGGGCAGGUUGGGGGGAGCUGCUGGCUGCUCCUGAAGUCCCAGGACCUAUUUCCCGCAGAGAUGGGCUCCUUGCCAUGCUUCCGGGUCCUCCACCUAUAUAUGUAGCUGACGGCAGUAGCCCCCUCCUCCGCAGCAAGGACCCCAACAGCCGUGCCGUCCGUUCCAAGCCCUGUGGCCUGCCCCCAGAAACUGUGGAGGGUCUGGACGUGCAUCCAAACCCAUUGCUCUGGAUGCCCCCACCCACCCGGAUACCUCCAGGUGGUGAACGAGGUGGCCACAAGAACCUUGCCCUGGAGGGGCUGCGGGACUGGUACAUCCGGAAUUCGGGACUGGCCGUGGGUCCCCAGCGCCGGCCAAUGCUGCCCCAUGUGGGCUCAACACACGCACCCUUCCUCCAUGCCCGCUGCUAUGAGGUGGGCCAGACACUGUACGGCCCUCCCAGCCAGGCACCGCUUCCGCACUCGAGGAGUUUCACAGCACCCCCUGUCUCCGGCAGAUACUACACGGAUUUCCUGUAUCCCCCGGAGCUGAGCGCUCGGUUAAGUGACCUGUCGCUAGAGGGGGAGCAGUCUUCCAGCUCUGAUCCCCAGACCCCAGGGACACUGGUCUGACCCUAAACCCUUUGUUGGUCUGGACAUACUUCAGUCUGGGGAGCAUACAGUCGACCUCGCUGAGCCCUGGGAUGUGGUUGCUCUUGGUCCCCGAGGGACAACUGCCUGAUCUCACAGGGCCCCUGGCUUCUUUUUGGCCCUGGAAGAUGUCUGAUACCCCCC